GAAUAGGGAAUAUUGGACGGAGGGAAGGAGCUUCGCCAGGUCUAUCGGAGAUCGCGGCUCCCGUUCCGGGAUGGGGCUCCUGUUUGCCAAGCUGUGGAGCCUGUUCUGUACGCAGGAACACAAAGUGAUAAUUGUGGGACUUGAUAAUGCUGGCAAGACUACAAUUCUGUACCAAUUCUUAAUGAAUGAGGUGGUUCACACAUCUCCUACCAUAGGCAGUAAUGUUGAAGAAAUUGUAGUGAAAAACACACAUUUUCUUAUGUGGGAUAUUGGUGGACAAGAGUCAUUAAGAUCAUCCUGGAAUACGUAUUAUUCAAAUACAGAGUUUAUAAUCCUUGUAGUGGACAGCAUUGAUCGUGAGAGGUUGUCUGUCACAAAAGAAGAACUCUACCGAAUGUUGGCCCAUGAGGAUUUACAAAAAGCUGCCGUACUCAUUUUUGCAAAUAAGCAAGAUAUGAAGGGUUGUAUGACUGCAGCUGAAAUUUCCAAGUAUCUAACCCUUAGUUCCAUAAAGGAUCACCCAUGGCAUAUUCAGUCCUGCUGUGCAUUAACAGGAGAAGGAUUGUGCCAAGGGCUGGAAUGGAUGACUUCCCAAACUGGAGUAAGAUAAUUCCUCUGGAUUGGAAAUGUGAAUUAUCCCAUGGACUACCCUUUUUUGCUUGUCUGCUUAGUGUAGCAACAG